UGCUUGUGGUUCCCUGUAACAAUUUGCUCGCCAUUAAUGCGUCCACAAUUCCUUCCCCUCUUCCCAGUUCUUCUUCUAUGGAAAUUUGCAGAAGCUCAUUUCUCUUUGUGACCACUUCGUAUCACCUCAAAUUAAGAAAAAAUGGAGUUAUUACUUGUAGAAGCAAGAAAUCAGCCCUGGUCGAGGGGCCUUCGUGUGUAUUCGUUGGCCCCAUAGAGACUGCAAGUGUUGAUAGGCUUGAAGCUCUCUAUCAACAGGCGCGUGAUUCGUAUUACAGUGGGAAACCGUUAAUUGUAGAUGACAUGUUUGAUAAAGUUGAGUUGAAGCUGCGGAGGUAUGGAUCAAAGUAUGUCGUGAAGUAUCCCCGCUGCAGUCUCAUGAGACAAUCCACAUAUGCAGAUGCUGAGUAUGACUUGGGCGUUUAUCUCUGGAGGGAGGGGGAUCAGGAGGAUCCAUCACAGCUUUUUGCAUUGGCAAGCAUAUGGCUCGUAUUCCUUGCAUUUGGCAGUUUAGCCUGUCUCGUACCCACCAUCCAUACUCUCGGUGUGAUGUAUAAUGAGGAUCCUUUUGGUUCAACGUUGGUUUUACAUAGCCCUCAAUCAGUGCUAGAAUUUCCUGCUGCUCUGAAUAGGGUGCUACUUGUGGGCUUGGGGUCUUUGGUUGGCUUUCCCAUUUCAUCAGCUGCUGUGAAAGCCCUUCAAGGUCUUUGGAAGAAUGAUUUGGUUGCUCUGAAAGGCUGCUGUCCAAAUUGUGGAGAAGAGGUAUUUGCAUUUGUGAGAGCAGCCAAACCGAAAGAACCCCCACAUAGGACCGAUUGUCACGUAUGUGACUCCUCUCUGGAGUUUCGCACAAAGGUAGAGGAAUCAGCUUCGAAACCCAGAAGCCGGUGGGUUUAUGGCCGCAUUUACUUGCUUAAGCAGAACUCAUAAUCAAAGUCAAAAUCAAAAUCAGGGAUGCGGCUGUAGUUUGCUUCUCUCACAUUACCACAAAAAUUUAAAUGGAAGAAAUAGAAAAGCUUGGUUAUACUAUUUUAAGCAUUUAUGUUUGUAAAGCUCUUCCUUUUUGUCCUUUUAGUGCAUUGGUUGGAUAUUGAACUACCACAUGAAAUAGAUGCUCCUGAGGUGUAUAAAUUUAGUCUUAGGGUGAAAUUGAUAGCCAAAUUCUCAUCCAAAUUUUGCCUGAAAUUAGUUGAAGCAUCUGUUUUCGCCAGAAUCUAGCUGGUCAGCUAUGUAGCAAAGUUGGCACAAUUUUGGUUGGGGGACAUCACGUUUUUUGAGAUUGGGAUUCUGACUGAAAUUAUGGAAGAGUUGUGAAUAAAAAUCAAUACUACCCUUUUGUAAAA